AUGUCGAUGGUGCUGCUAACUUGUUGGCCUCGAUGCGCGCGUUUCAUCCUUUUUUCACUCUUUCUUUUAGGUGAACGAGUUGCAAGUUUCUCCUACAACGGUGACGUUUUCGUUUCCUCCACGAGACGGAGCGGUUUUCGAAUGAUCCUAUACGGAGCUAAUGAUUAUAUGAAUGAAACUGAAAGUACGGAUAACAGAGACGCGAUUGCGAGUAACGUUACGCACAUCAGUGGGAAACUUUCGCUGACUGGCACGUUUGAUUCGAGUGAACGAAGUUCUAUUUUUCACAAACUUAGGAGUGUUGGGAGCUUGACCGUAUUCGAUAACUACGAAAAUACAGGCGAUAUCCUUUCUUCUUUGAUGUACGUCAAAGGAAACUUGACGAUUACGAACAGCGAUGUAUUAUCAUCGCGAGACGAUUUCUUACCAAACUUGCGAAUCAUUCGCGGAUCGUUCGUCUAUAUUGAUACGUCAUCUUCCUCGACGUUCUCCCUGAGGAGAAGCAUGCGAAACGCGGCGGCGAAUCUUGAAAAAGUUGGUCAAAACUUCGAACUCCACGUCUCAGGAGUGCAUCAAAGAGUUGAAUCGACAGCGUUUCCGUCCCUUGAAUCUGUUGGUGGGUCGUUCAUAAUCAGCGCUUCGAAAAGUUUAGAAGUUCUUGAGAUUGGAUGUUUCAGAAACCUUUGGCACGUCGGGAAAGACUUCGUAAUAUCGAGCGAAAGCAUAAGGCGUAUAUCCAACUUCAUGUCUUUGCAAGUCGUAGAGGGUAGAUUGGACUUAAACGCGACGAAAAAUUUACGUUCACUCGAUGGAUUACAGAAUUUGAGACGCGUUGUCUCGGGCGAUAUUGCUUUGGGAAGCUCUGCGGUAAAAAACGGGGAGCAGUUUGGAAAAUGUGGAUUUAUAAUGCUCGACGAAGAUAAAUUCAGGGAGUCGAACAAAACUGCAUACCUCAUUCAACACGCUUGCUUUUACGAUGCCUAUAAAUGGUGUCAAUCUAUGCUACUUCCCAACGCGUACCGAUGCGUAAACUCUAUCGCGACAAAAAUAACCACAAACAGAAACUUGCGGAAGUUUUCUCGUAUUCUCGAAUCAAGCGGUGAAGUCUUGAGACUACAAGCGUUACAGAAACCAAUCACGGUGUUUGCGCCCAUCGACGCAGCAUUUUUAUUUCUCCGAUCUACCCUGAGAGAACGAAACGGACGUAAUAGCUCGGAGUACGAUGAGCAUUCAUUUUCGGCUACGCAAGCGACAUUAAGAAAUGUCGCCCGAGCGCAUUUGUAUUCGUCCUCGAUUGAUCUCUCAAUGCUAAUGAAUGAAGUGAAGUUAAUCUCCGAACUUGGUGAAAUGGAAGCGCUCGAAAUAUUGCUUUCGCAAAAUGGAGAAAUCAAUACAUAUCCACAUCCAGGCGCACACGCUUUAGCAGUCCGGAGACAAGCUCCUUUAUUUCGAUCAGUCUCGCCAAUCGAUAAAAGCGUCUGCGAGUCGUUUUCAUUUCACAGCGUUUCGACAACAAAUGCGUUAUAUUCAAAGUACUGCAAAGAUACGACAUUAUCUGCGCGCGCUAUGCUGCGACCAAUCGAUAUUGUUCCUUAUAAUGAGGAAAACGAAGCCGUUAGCACGAACGCAUCUUCUUCGUCAGCAUCAACUAUGGAAAAUAUGGACACGACGUCUUCCACCUGCUUAAACAGGUGUGGUACUUGCGAUAACAUUGAACUGAAAACGUGUUGUUGCGACGAAGCGUGCGUUCAAAAUGGUGAUUGUUGCGGUGACUUUUCCUAUUUUUGUUCAAUACAAUACUUUUUAUCGAGGGAAGAGCGAGUUAAUAACGUUGUGCAACGAAGCAGUGCCUUUACGACGAACCGAAACUUUGCGUCUGGUGAAACAGAACGCGCGGCUCUAAUAAUCAAAUCGAACGUCGCGCAAUCGCACAACGGGGCGAAGUUGAUUCUUAUCGAUCGCGUCUUACAUCCAAUCGAACGUUAUCACAGUUCUCAACUGUUAUUGUACGAAGUUAAGCAGAGCGAAGCGAACGAAGACUUUGACGGCGACUAUUUUCCAGAUGUGAGCUCUCCGUCUCCGCCUCCGCCUCCUCCCAGGCCACCUCCAGCUCCGCGGCGCGUCACCGAAUUCAGUUGGCUAUAUCAAACGAGACCGCCACCACCGUCAACUUCUGUCGAUUUAAAGAGUCCUCCGCCACCUGAAUCGCCUCCGUCAUCCGCUCCUACAACAACAAUACCACCGCCACCACUUACGUUUUCUUCUUCGCCUCCGUCGCCGCCACAGAACACGCACAUCGGUAGUUGCCAAGUACAGCUUCCAAACAUCUGCGGUUUGUGUGAUUACACAGAUGAAUCAAAUGUGUGCUGCUGUGAUUCAAUGUGUGUAUCUACGGGAGAUUGCUGUGGAGAUUACACAAACUUAUGUCUAUAG